GCGAGGGGCCGGGCGGGCGGCAGAUGGGCUGCGGCGGGAGGGAAGGAAGGGAAGGGGGGCGGCGGCAGCGGGGCCGCGGCGGGGGACGGCGGAGCAGCAUGACAGCGCCGGGAGCAGGAGGCUGUGAGGGCUGCUGAAGAUGUCCGAUAGUCUGGAUGUUGAAGAGAAACCUCCAGCCCCGCCGUUGAGAAUGAACAGCAACAACCGUGAUUCUUCAGCACUAAACCACAGCUCCAAACCGCUCCCCAUGGCCCCUGAGGAGAAGAACAAGAAAGCCAGGCUGCGCUCCAUCUUCCCGGGUGGAGGGGAUAAAACCAAUAAGAAGAAAGAGAAAGAACGCCCUGAGAUCUCUCUUCCUUCUGACUUUGAACACACGAUUCAUGUGGGGUUUGAUGCCGUCACUGGAGAAUUCACAGGCAUUCCAGAGCAGUGGGCCAGGCUACUACAGACCUCCAACAUAACAAAACUAGAGCAGAAGAAGAAUCCUCAAGCAGUUCUAGAUGUCCUCAAGUUUUAUGAUUCCAAAGAAACAGUUAACAACCAGAAAUACAUGAGCUUUACGUCGGGAGAUAAAAGCGCCCAUGGAUACAUAGAAGCCCAUCCUUCGAGCACAAAAACAGCAUCAGAACCCCCGUUAGCACCGUCAGUCUCUGAAGAAGAGGAUGAAGAAGAUGAGGAAGAAGAAGAUGACAACGAACCUCCGCCUGUUAUUGCACCACGGCCUGAACACACAAAAUCAAUCUACACGCGCUCCGUAAUCGAACCUGUCGCUGCACCAGCACCGGCUAAAGAAGCCACCACUCCCCAGCCUGAAAACUCCAACACAAACACUUUGUACAGAAACACAGACCGGCAGCGGAAAAAAUCCAAGAUGACAGAUGAGGAAAUCCUAGAGAAACUGAGGAGCAUUGUGAGUGUGGGAGACCCUAAGAAGAAAUACACUCGAUUUGAAAAAAUUGGCCAAGGGGCAUCAGGAACUGUUUAUACAGCAAUAGACAUCGCCACAGGACAAGAGGUGGCCAUAAAGCAAAUGAAUCUCCAACAACAACCCAAAAAGGAACUAAUUAUUAAUGAAAUCCUGGUCAUGAGGGAAAAUAAGAACCCCAAUAUUGUGAACUAUUUAGACAGCUACUUAGUAGGUGAUGAGCUCUGGGUGGUUAUGGAGUACUUGGCUGGAGGCUCGCUAACUGAUGUUGUUACAGAGACAUGUAUGGAUGAAGGACAGAUAGCAGCUGUCUGUAGGGAGUGCCUGCAAGCGCUGGAUUUCCUUCAUUCAAACCAAGUGAUUCACAGAGACAUAAAAAGCGACAAUAUUCUUCUCGGAAUGGAUGGAUCUGUCAAAUUGACUGAUUUUGGCUUCUGUGCUCAGAUCACUCCCGAGCAGAGUAAAAGGAGCACAAUGGUCGGCACUCCUUACUGGAUGGCACCCGAAGUAGUGACAAGAAAAGCAUAUGGCCCCAAGGUUGACAUCUGGUCACUUGGGAUCAUGGCAAUAGAAAUGGUGGAAGGAGAACCUCCUUACCUUAAUGAAAAUCCUCUCAGGGCACUGUAUCUGAUAGCUACAAAUGGGACACCAGAGCUGCAGAACCCUGAGAGACUCUCUGCUGUGUUUCGUGACUUUCUCAACUGUUGCCUGGAGAUGGAUGUGGACAGGAGAGGGUCUGCCAAGGAGCUUUUGCAGCAUCCAUUUUUAAAAUUAGCCAAGCCUCUCUCCAGCCUGACUCCUCUGAUCAUUGCAGCAAAGGAAGCGAUUAAGAACAGCAGCCGCUAGUGCUUUGGGCUGGCAUUCUCCCAUGCCAGCUCACUCCAGAGCAGGACUGAGAAAAAAAAACUCUAUAGAACCUCAACUCUUCUGCUGCAGGACAGACGGAUGGAUGGAUGGACGGACAGACCAACAGUCGCAGUCAUGGUGGUAGGAGGGGAGAACAACUGUUCUCCAGUCCCUCGAGGAGUAAAAACUUACGUCUUCUUCCUGCUUUCUGGCUCCUUAAUUUAUUUUUAAGAUGAAACAGGGCUUAAGACAGAGAGGUAAUGACAGAAAAUGCUUUGCUGCCUCAGCCAUUUCCAAGGUAAAGCAAAUUCAGUUGGAAGUUUCCCUUCCUUCUCACCCUGUGAAUAAGCUGUACAUUCACUUUUAAAUUGUCAGUUGUUUCUUAAAGAUGCAAAGUCCUUUUAUGUUUGGGGGUUUUUCUUGUAUGGUUUGGAAUUGGAGAAGGGUCUUCGUUUAUAACUCCAGACUAUACUGCCUUUAGAAUACAACCCACUGACUGGUACUUGCCUAGUCAUUACACUUCUCAAUGAGGAAGAAAGUGAAAUUGCAUUUCCAAUCAAAGACAAAUCAGGAGUGGAGCAGUCAAAACAUCCUGUUGAGAUACAGGCUCAGCUGUGAAUAUAUAGUUUCUGUUCUUGACAUUUUCAUUUGUAAAACUAGUUGUAAUAUGGGUGAGAGUCUUACUAAAUCGAGAAAGCAGAAAGAUGUGUUUGCUCAGAAAGGGCUUGUCUGAUGCAAAGCUGUAAGAGAAAUGUGAAGUGAGAGCAGGCCCAGCCUUGCCCGGUGCUGAGCCUCAUGGACCCCUUUGCAGAGCACAGAGCAGCCUCAGUGUCAGUGACCUCACAUUAGAGGAAGGUGCUUGCAGCAGCAGCAGGCCAUCGCUGGGCGAUCACCUCUUCCUGGUACUGCACUGAUCAUAGUGUCAGCUCCAAACUGGCAAUGGGCAGCUCUCAAGGUUAAUUGUAGCUGUGCCCCAAAAUGUGCAGAGUGGUGGGAGUAGCCCUCUUCAGUUUGAGCAGGAGUCGAAGAGAGGAUAAAAGCCUGGGUGUUGCUGACACUUCUGAGGAUGUCUGCUCUCCUGCUCCUCUUACAGCUCCCAGGAAGGGUUAGUAGCAUCUGUGCUCCUCUUAGCACAGGGAACGGUGGCCAGGCUCCUCUGCAGGCUUUUGGCAGGUGAGUGUCCUUUCCAUGGCAGAAUUUGCGUGCCUAAACUGGGACACUGAUGGAAAUGAAUGAUGGCUUCCAGGAUCUGGUUCUGCCUGAGCCUGUCCAGCAGACAACUUUGGAAGAAAGUGCAUUUAAGCCUGGAGCUCUGCAGUGAGCAAGAAGUACAGAGCAGAUUGCAGAGCUAGACAGAGCCAUAAAACCAGCCUGCUAUAUGUUCUCCUCCGUACAGCAAGCACUGCAGCAAGCAGUUCUGAGUCGCUGGGGGAGAGUGAGCCCUGGAUGUGAGAGGAUUGUGCUUGACUAGUCUGCUGAUUGGUAAGAGAGCAGAACACUUCUUGUAUGCCAUCGGUGUUUUAUUUAUUUUAUUUUUUUUUCUGAAAGAAAGGAGUGUGGCUUCACUCAGAAGAAGCAUUUGUAUGGAGUAUUUGUUACUGUAUUUUAGUAGUGCAACUAAUCAAAGACCUUCAAAGGAGUGACUGAAUCAACACCUAUAUCCAAUGAGCAAAAAAAAAGGAGUAAAGCAGCUUUUUGCUGCAGUUUGUCAUGUUUUAGGCCUGCUCCCGCAAAGGGCUGAGCAGCCUUUGAGGUACUACAGACCUUCACGUUUUGCCGGUACAAAUGAAGGAUGCUUGGGCUAUUCUUGAAUUAGGCCGUUAGGUUGUUUGGUUUUGUCUUCUUAUUUAGUUACUGUCUUUGUGUUGAAAAUGUCAUUAAUACCGCUAACUACCCCACCCUCGCUCACUGUGUCUGUCCCAGUGUCUUCGCUGAGGCAACCGACAGAGGCAAUGCUCAUUGAAGUUCACAGAAUCAUAGCAUGGCUUGGGUUGGAAGGGACCGUAGAGCCCAUCCAGCUCCAAUUCCUUGCCAUAGGCUGGAUUUCCCACCCCAGAUCAGGCUGCCCAGGGCCCCAUCGUCCAGCCUGGCCUUGAGCACCUCCAGGGAUGGGGCACCCAUGGCUCUGGGCAGCUGUGCCAGGGCCUCAGCCCUCUCUGAGUAAAGAAUUUCCUCCUAACAUCUAAUCUAAAUCUCUCCUCUUUAGGUUUAAAACUGUUCACUCUUGUUCUGUCGCUGUCAGACCAUGUAAGAAGUCAAUCUCCCCUGUUUAUAAGCUACCUUUAAGUAUUGAAAGGCCUCAAGUUCUCACCUUCCUGGGGAGCACAGCAGGUUUGAUUUUCAGUAGUCGAGUAGGAAAAGCUGUUUGUUUCUUUUGCAAGCCUGUGUUCUUCUCUGUCAGCUCAAUAUGUCUACUGGGAGAUGGGCUUCCCUGAGGGGAAAGAGACAUUUAGACUUGAGAAGAGCUGCCCUUCAUUUAUAGAGCAUGAAUCUGAAUCAAAUGUUUGUAUUCCGUGUAAGUAAUGAAGAAACCAGUGGCAGUUUCUCCUUCCAGUAUAGCACUGAGUUUUUUCCUACCCACAAAGGAACAGAUGGCCAUCAUUUAGAAGGAAAGCACUUUUUUACGGCACAUUUGCUGGACAUACGAUACACUUCUGUUAACAGAUCACACUGCUUGUGCUUUUUCUUUCUAUUUAUUUUCUUUAGAAAAUAAUAUUUCAGCAUCCCUACUUUUCAGCUCGGUUUCACAAAGGGUAACAUAUAAAUAUAGGAAAAUGGGAUGAUAGCGUUAGUCUUUUCCUGGUCAGUGUAUGUUCCAGCGUACAGAACAUUGUUGGCGCUGGCUUUUUAAAUACAACUUCUUUAAUAAGAGGCCUUACUUUUUAUGUUAUUAAAUGCUGUAUUUAUUUUUCAUUUCAUUUGCAAAUCCAGAGGUUUUUCUGCUGAAGAAACAAAUGGUGUGAGGCAGACAGCAUCCAACGGGAACCAUCUCUGCUAGUGGCUUUCUUUCAGCAUGGCUGUAAUGGCUGAGCCGGGACUGCUUUACAUUCAGGGCAGUGCACCUCCAGCAUCCCUGUGCUUGAGGCAGCCUUUGGCACACAAUCUCAGCUGCCCUUCGGAUACUGAAGGGCAGCAGCUGCUUUUGUAGUUUCCCAGCUCUGAUAGGAAACAUGGAAGAAGCGUGUUAGUAAUAAAGUCUGUCCAGAAAGGGGCAGCUCUUGGAUGUUAUUUCCAAGCUCAAGUAGGAAGUUUUAGGAUUGACAACAGCAGAAACUUUCCAGGAAGAAACAAAGCAAACAAAAUCUCUGCAGUCAUCUCGGGUGUUUCUGGACGGCUGUCUUCAGGUGAAACUAUUCGUUAUAUCUAUUUUUGAAAGCAUUAGGAAUAGGCCGUUUUGUUGCCAAAUGCGUAGAUAGAUGUUGUAUGUUUCAGAUACUUUCAUUCCAAGGUUCUAAAGGACUGGUUGAUUGUCUUUAUUUUUAAAUGCAUUAAGUGGUAGAAAAAAAAAACCCCAACAACUAUCUAGAACUUGACUAUGAUUCCCAUGCCUGCAGUGAAGGUGUGUGGAAAGGACUCGUUAGCGUGCUGUGGUUUUAAUGAGUUGUGGGACAGAAGAAUGACAGCAGUAAAGUCAGGGAAGCGCGAGAAGCACAGAAAAUAUUAUUUAUUUAACAAAAAAAAAAAAAAAAAGAAAGAAAAAGAGGAGGAAAAAAACCCCAAACCCAAAUGUAUCUAUUAGGAAUUCCACACACACUCGUAGGAGGCUGCACGGGGGUGGAUCUCACUCACAGCGCUCUCAGGGUUUGUUCACAAACUGGGGCCAGGGUCGCAUUCUUACUUCUGUAAACUGUCUGUCCUCCAUCUUUGGAUGCCGUUUGGCUGAUUUACGCUGCACAGAAAUGAGCUCAAAUGUUGUUUUUUUUUUUUAGCUGCUUGUGUUGGAUUUCUCUGAUGCCAGCGGCAGCACCUCAGCAGGUCUUCAGUUUGUUCCCCCCCAUACCCUGCCACCAAAAAGAAAGCAUGGUCCAGUCACCACAAGAAGGAAAGUACGUUCUUCUCUCCUCUCUGCUAGUUGUAGGAAGUGUCAUCGUAUCCUAUUAGCUCUGGUUCCAAUUUAGUCACUGUGUUUGCCACGGAGCGUUCCUCACACUGAGCUUGUACACGUAUGCAUUUGUUUGCUCAGUGGCGUUGGUCACAGCUGGACAAGGAUUCACUUGGUGAUGGAGCAAGUUGAGGAAGACCCAUAAAUAGAAACAGAUUUUGGUUUUUUUUAACUGAGCGGAUGGAUAGCCUUAAUUUUAAAGCCCCGGUUUUCAGGAAGUGGGCAAAGAACUACCUUUAUUUCAAGGGAAAGCAUUUGAGGUUUAUUUGGAUGCCAUCUGCAAUUUGGGGGAUGGGGAGGCGGUCUUUAAAACCUUUCCUUACUUGUGUCUGUCCUUGAGCUGACAGGGUAAUUCCUUUUUCUGGCCGAAGCUUGCAAAAAUCUUGCUUAUACAUGUGUUAGAGUUGACUGCCGUAAUCCUAGGCAUGUGUCAUGUAUAUAAACAGUCACUUUCCUGAGCCUGCCAAUGGUUGCAUGCAUCUUUGAUGAUACAUCAUCUCAGAAGGAAAAACAGUACAGGAAAGAAGGAAGGAGUCUUGCAUGCUCUUUGCAGAUUCCCUUUGGUCUGCCAUGAAGGUAGGAGCCUGCAAACUUUGUUCUCAAUGCUUACCUCUUCUUCCAAGCAAGUACUCAUGUUCUGCUAAAACGUGACUAAGAAAAGUAGGGAGCAAUACAAUUUGUUAAAGAUUGUUAGAUGGAAAAUUGCACUGGGCAUCUUCCCAGCAGGAUUGCACAUAAGCUACAGCAUAUCUGUGUCAGAUGCCUUGUGCUGUAAUUGAGUGGGCACCACAUUCGUAACUGCUUGGGGAUCCUGCUUGGUUUCUGUGAGGCUCACUAAUUUCUGGCCCAGCUUAUGUGUCAGAUGGAAUCAAAGCUGCAAGGACCACAGCUGGAUGCAGCGGUUGAAGGGGGCAGUUGUGAAUGUGGGUCAGAAGAGCCAGCAGCCACAUGCACUUGUUUGAGUCACAGCGCUCUAAGGGGGGAAGUGUGCAAACUGAGAACAUGAGUGUUUGUGUGCCGCCUCUCCUCUGUCCUUCAGUCCUUUCAGGGGCUUGAAACUGCUUGUCUUCUGAGGAGAGAAAUGGAAAAGAUCCUUCAAAAGUCCUGUUCUUUCUAAUCUCUGUGACUGAGUGUUGUCUCUUUAUGUGCCUCUUCCUAUGCUCAGUGACUGCUAACCAAGAUUGUGUAACUGGCCCAGAUAAAGUGCUUGAGAUACUCGUUUUUCUGCCCUUUGAACUGCCUGUUUACAGCAACAUUUAAAGUCUUUGAGCCUGGUCUGGACAGAGUUACCUUCCACUUUGUGCAUAACCUGUGGCCAGCCAUCUCCAGUCAGUGCUUGCACCGAGGGCUCCCAGUUGUCACAAAACACUACUGCAAACAUGGCUGAGUAGUGGCAGGUGGUUGUUUUUAAAAGCCAGAUCCUUUUGCUGCUGAAUAUUGUGUUUCAUUUGAUAUCUAAGAAGUCUGUCACGCUGGCUAGAUACAGGUACUGCUUCUGUUCCCACUGAAGCUGGUGAGAAUUUGGUUGCUGGAUUCCUUGCAGUAGAACAUUGCUGCUUUAAUAAGCAAGUGCUGAUACAGCCCUUGGUGCUGAGGUGGGUCCCCAGAGGUGUGAAGGGAGCAGGUGGGUAGUAGGGAGCUGCUCUUGUUCCUUUGCUCCAUCGUGCAAAGCUAUUCAUGUCAGAAGUGAGUCAACAGAAAAUCUGAAGCAUGCAAUUCUCUUACAUCCAUAUCUGCUGAGAUUUUUUUGUUACCUUUGAGCUAAAGAUGCACAGAGGCGAUUGCUUUUUUGUCACACUGUUUAUAUUAGUGUUAAACAAUGCUGCUAAAUCAGUCUGUAGAACAGCAACAAGAAAAAAAGCCUCUCAGCUCUUCGGGCGUGACACCCAUAAGCUGCUAUUUGCCGUAGCAGGAGAGCUGCUUAGAUGGGAACCAGUAGCAAAGCACUGCAGGUGCUGCGCAUACAGACAUAAGAAGAUGUGCAAAAGAAUUCUGCGACUCUUGACUGGAUCAGGACGUAACAAACUCUAAACUCCAGUUUAGAUUUAGACUGGGGUCUGCGAGAUUUUUUUAUUCAGGGUAUCCAGACAAAAGGAAAGGGAGGAGGAGCCGACAUUUUCACUAUCAGAAAUGUAUCUCAUUUUGCUGUACAUUCCUUUUUUAGGACAUGUUAUCUGUUAAAAAAAGAAAAAAA